AGGUACUGUUUUUCAACCCUACUCUCUUGACCAAGAAUGAAACUGUUUACAAAUUAAGAUGCCAACAGAUCACGAAGAGCCCUGUGGUCCCAGUCACAAGUCAUUUUGCCUGAAUGGGGGGCUUUGUUAUGUGAUACCUACUAUUCCCAGCCCAUUUUGUAGUCUACUCUACACGAAAAUGAAAAUGACAACAAUGAAGACCUUUAUGAUGAUCUACUUCCACUUAAUGAAUAGUAAGAGGUGCAUUGAAAACUAUACAGGAGCUCGUUGUGAAGAGGUUUUUCUCCCAGGCUCCAGCAUCCAAACUAAAAGUAACCUGUUUGAAGCUUUCGUGGCAUUGGCAGUCCUAGUAACACUUAUCAUUGGAGCCUUCUACUUCCUUUGCAGGAAAGGCCACUUUCAGAGAGCCAGUUCAGUCCAGUAUGAUAUCAACCUGGUAGAGACGAGCAAUACCAGUGCCCACCACAGUCAUGAAGAACACUGAAGAAACGUCAAAGUGAACCAAAUCAUUGUUUUUAUUUUACAGAGGCAGAAAAUGAAACACCACUAGGAUUUUCAUUAAGCCAACUCAUACCCAGUUUCUACAAAUGAAAAUCAAGUCAAUCAUCUAAAAUUUCAUGAUUUCUUCCCAUCAAGAGGAUCUGGAGUCUUCUGUUCCCAUUAAAACUGAAUUUAUGGCAGUGCAAACCUGGGCCAGACUGGGUAUAAAAUGACAAAAGCACAUUUAUAUUCUUAAAAAUUUCUGCAGAUUGCAUAGAAAGUUCUCAGAUUUGUAAAAGUUUAUUUCUAUUGUAAUUCUUUGCUUGUUCACUUUGUUAAAUUUGCAAUAUAAACUAGUUGCACGUCUUUUGCUAUCUGGCCUCGUAGGUUGAGGGUUAGGGUUUGCUUUAAGCAAAACUGAGAUAACUGUAAUGUGAAUUGGCCUACUAGAUUGCCCACUUUUAUCAAUCUGCAAGGGUGGAUCUAUUUCUAGGUCUUAAUUUCAAGGUUUAUUUUCCCUCUUCCUUAGAUUUUACUUGGAUCAAAGGGCAUGGAAAUAUAUUCCUUGCUUAAGCCUUAUACAAAGGAAACUAGCCCCAGAGAUUAUUUUGCUUUGAAAGUAUGUAUAUGAAAUAAGUAUUUUUAAAUGUCUUGAUUAAAUAAAGCGUUCUAUGAUCUGAUCGUCAGCUCAGUAUGUAGACUAAGGGUACACCUUUACUUCUCUUUUUUAUGCUCACAUUUAUUUCAUGUGAUCAUUUUCAGUUUCACAGAGGACUACAAUGAUUGUCAUCUCUAGGAAUUUAGUUUGUUUUUAGCUAAUACUCCUUUAAUGCUUCUAAGACAAG